GGCUCGAGAGCGGAGCGAGCCGAGACGAGGAGAGCGAGCGAGCGAGCGGCGGCUCUGCGGAGGUCUGGAGUUGCACUGUGUUCCCGGCUCCUCUGGCAGGACACGUCCCUCCCGAUCCGGGCAGCGGGCACUGCCGGAGGCACGCUGCUGCCAGCGCGGGAGACAGGCUGCUCCGCCGCGGGCAGCCGGGCAGGGGCUUCCACCCACCCAGCCCUACGCACACCCCCCGCCCGCUCCUCACACACACGUAUAUGUGCGUGCGGGCGCGAUUUUGGCUGCGCUGGAAGUAGCCCGCGGUAGACGGCGAGGAAGUCUCGGCAGCCUCCUCGGUCGCCCGCGCUGUCAGGAAUAGCGGCGUGAGAGGAAGAAAGGCCCUGGGGCACUACACCCUGCCAAGGAGUUCCCUGCGCCAGCCAGAAGGACUCCAGCUACAUGGGCAAACGCCUGGACCAGCAGCCAAUGUACCCCCAGUACACCUACUACUACCCCCACUAUCUCCAAACCAAGCAGUCCUAUGCACCAGCUCCCCACCCCAUGGCUCCUCCCAGCCCCAGCACAAACAGCAGCAACAACAGCAGCAACAACAGCAGCGGAGAGCAGUUGAGUAAAACCAACUUGUACAUUCGAGGCCUUCCACCCGGCACCACUGACCAGGACCUUAUCAAGCUGUGCCAGCCGUAUGGAAAAAUUGUAUCCACAAAGGCAAUUCUUGACAAAAACACAAAUCAGUGCAAAGGUUAUGGUUUUGUAGAUUUUGACAGUCCAGCAGCAGCACAGAAAGCAGUAGCAUCUCUCAAAGCAAAUGGCGUGCAGGCACAGAUGGCAAAGCAACAAGAGCAAGAUCCCACAAAUCUAUACAUCUCAAAUUUACCUGUAUCCAUGGAUGAACAGGAACUGGAGAAUAUGCUGAAACCCUUUGGACAUGUCAUUUCCACCAGAAUAUUAAGAGAUGCUAACGGAGUCAGCAGAGGAGUCGGCUUUGCCAGAAUGGAAUCUACAGAAAAAUGUGAAGUAGUAAUUCAACAUUUUAAUGGCAAAUAUCUGAAAACCCCACCCGGUCUACCAGCCCCCACUGAGCCUUUGCUGUGCAAAUUUGCUGAUGGAGGGCAAAAGAAGCGCCAGAAUCAAAGCAAAUACACACAAAAUGGAAGGCCGUGGCCCAGAGAAGGAGAGGCUGGCAUGGCUUUGACUUACGAUCCAACAGCUGCUAUACAGAAUGGAUUUUAUUCCUCACCGUACAGUAUUCCAACAAACCGCAUGAUUCCACAGACAUCAAUCACACCAUUCAUUGCUGCUUCCCCUGUCUCUACAUAUCAGGUCCAGAGUACUUCAUGGAUGCCUCAUCCGCCAUAUGUUAUGCAACCAACAGGUGCUGUGAUAACACCAACAAUGGACCACACUAUGUCAAUGCAGCCAGCAAGCAUGAUGGGCCCUUUGACCCAACAGAUGAACCACCUUUCCUUGGGCACAACAGGAACGUACAUGACUGCUGCUGCACCUAUGCAAGGGACCUACAUUCCCCAGUACACUCCUGUGCCUCCAACAGCUGUCCCUAUCGAAGGUGUUGUUGCUGAUACUUCUCCACAGACAGUAGCAUCUUCAUCACAGGAAGCCAGUGGUCAACAACAACAGAUGACAGUGGAAACAUCCAGUGAACAUGCGCCUGCAUAUUCUUACCAACAGUCAAAACAAUAAACAGGACUGAAGAAUGUCGGUCUGAAACCUUUGCCUUGAAUGGAGAAACUUCACUGAACAAGAAGUUGGCUUCCAGUUUGCACAGGCGUCAAAUGAAUGCUUUUUUUUUCCUACCUUUCCCAACGAAAACAAAACAGUGUUUUUAUGUGCUGUGCAAAUGGUUCCGUCAUGUAGUCUGACAAUUUUAUUUUUGCUAUGAUUUCUUUUUUUUUUUUUUUUAACUAAAGGAAAAACCCAGAGGAAAAAUGCUGGGUUGACAUUUCAUCUGGAUGAACAUUUGAAUUCAGAAUUUACCUGGAGGUGUAGCUAGACUUUUUUUUUUCUUUUUUUUUAACAGAAAAACUGAUGAUGUCAAGAGGGAGCAAGUUGCGAUGAACACCAAUUGUCUUCCUCAAAAAUUAAGCUACUCUUUUUCUCUCACUUUUAUUUUUCUUCUUGUUUUAAAUCUAGAGUGUUUUUUGGUUUUUGGUUUUUUGUUUUUUUUAAAGAAAUGUUUAGGUAAGGUUUAUCUUGAAUCUUAAUUGCCUUAAUUUUAAGGACGUCAAAGGCUCUCAAGGCAAGCUGUCAACGUCUUGUUAGAAAACCCGAGAAUGAAUUGAAACUGCUCACACCGGUGCUGGUGCAGAAGUUUAAUAGACUGAGUUUUUGGGGUGAACAUAAAAAAAUAAACUGUACAGUUUAAAAGAAAAUGAUUUUCUUCUUUUGAAGAAAAGUUGGUGAUAAAGGAACUGUGGCAACUGAAAGGAUUGGAAAAAUGCUGGGACUUUAAUGAACUUUGUCUUAAGUGUUGACAGAAAAAAAAAUCUAGAAGGCUAAAGCAUUUUACAGUAAAGUUAUUGAAUUGAGAAAAAAAAACUUGCUGCAUUAUAGAGAAUGCAGGGGGUUUUUCUUGCAGAAUGCAGAUUUUUUUAUUUACAAAGCGUGAUCGCUAGCAAAAGCAUUAGUGCUUUUUAUCUGCAGUCUUUUUUAUGAGCUUUAAAAAGUUUUUAGUCUGCUUUGCUUGUCACAUUGCAAAAACCUAGCUUAAGAGCAUUAAAAAAAAACUUAAGUAGAUAGGAGCUUAUGGUCAAAAAAGUGCAAAAAAAGCAAUAGAUAGAAGAAAUUGUUGACAAUUUCUGUAGUCUUUCCUAGUUGUGAACAAAUGCAGCCUAUGGAUGGCCUAUUUUAUACCAAAGAUGAAGUGACACCCUAACGCAGUCCAGAAGAUAGAGGUUUUUUUCUUUUUUUAUCUUUAUUUGACCUACAUGGCCGGACCAGUUCUUACUUUCUUGUUUGUUUAAACUAUCUUCCACUGGUGUUUUACAUACUGCAUAUGUUUAUAGUGGAAAUUUCAGAAUAGUUGGUAUUAGAAGUUUGCUGGUCAUGUGCUUUGGGGAACAUCCCAAAGCAAGGGGGGGAGUGGGUUACCAACUAAUCUGUCCAGGUGGGCUUUCAUUUUGAUGACCUUUUCUGUUAAAUUGCCUGAUCUUUGGUAUUUCUACUGAAACAACAGUCUUCCUUCUGAAGUCCAACACACCGCAGAUUAAUUUCUUCACCUCAGUCGUUGUCAUCGUCCAGCAUGCAUAGCCACCUUGAUUCUGCAUUUGUUUUCAGUGAUGCAUUUGAAUUGCCAGAUAGAUGCAAGAGGAAGCAAACUUGACCUUUGUUCUCAUUUUAGCUCUCCCAUAAAAGCAGAAACGUUGAAGAUGACUUAAUAUUGUCAUGCAGGCAGGAAGUUAAAAAUUAUUCUUCUCUGCUAUGAUUUCUGUUGUCUUAAUAUGUUGGCUGACAAUCACUAAUUAGUAUGAUUAGGCAAAAAAAAAGGGACACUAACUAAAUUGAAUCCACUGAAAUCUGUUUUAGGAAUGACAAUUGGUUUCCACAGAGAAAUGCUGGCUAUAGCCUUUACUUUGUCCAAACAAAUGAAUGAAAAGGGUGAGAAACAAGUCAAAAGAUGAUUUUUUCCUUAACGAGGCAGAAUAGAAGCAGCAUUUAAACAUAUACAUGCAUACACACACACACACACACACACAUAUAUAUAUAUAUAUAUA